AUGUAUGGUAGCCGCCCGUAUGGUGUUGGCAUGCUGAUUGCCGGUCAUGAUGAGACUGGUCCCCACCUGCUGGAGUUCAGCCCGGCUGGCGUGUCAACCGAGGUCCUCGGUGGUGCCAUUGGUGCUCGCUCUCAGGCGGCUCGGACUUAUCUCGAGCGCCACUGCGACACCAUGAAGACCGCGACCCUCGACGAGCUGGUCCUUCAUGCGCUGCUGGCCCUGCGCGAUACCCUCCCCCAGGACGCGCCCUCCCUGGUUGCCGCCAACAUUUCGAUCGCCGUUGUCGGGCCGGAUGCUGCCAAGCUGGCUGGCUCGGCGGCCACCGGCACCGGCUCCUCGUCAACCGCCUCCUCGGCCCCGGAGGAUCUGGAGCAGACGUCGGAGGGUGUUGGUGCGGAUGCCGGGAGUGCGGCUGCCGUGGCGGAGGCUGCCCGCCGCAGCUCGGUCGACCACAGCGCCCCGAUUGCUGUCCAGACGGACAGCGCCACCGAGGCCACCAAUGCCACGGCUGCCGCCCCGGGCGCCCUGGCCGCCGACGCCGAUGGCCGCGGCGACACCUUCAUUGUUCUCGGCUCCGCUGCCGUUGCGGCCCUGGUCGCCCGUGCCGAGGCCAACUAA